AUGUCGUCGCGCCGUCGCAGCACUCGUGGCCAGCAGCUAACCAUCAACCGAGUACCAGAACCGGAACCGCGCCGAUCGGUCAGGGCCACCAAAGGCCAACACAAGUUGUUGGAGCAGCUCGACCAGCCUAUCGAGGCCCCAAAGCGCCGCGGGGGCAACAAGAAAGGCAAGAAAGCCGCGCCCGAACCCGAGGAGCCCGAGGAAGAGGUCAUCCGCUGCGUCUGCGGCGCCACAGAGCAAGAUGAGGAUUCGGGUGAACCCUGGAUCGCCUGCGACCAGUGCGGCGCAUGGCAGCAUAACAUUUGUAUGGGCAUGAGCCAGUACACAGAAGAUCUACCUAAGGAGUAUUACUGUGAGCUGUGCCGGCCCGAUAACCAUCGCGAGCUUCUCUCUGGCAUGGCCAAGGGUGAGCGCCCCUGGGAAGCCCGUCGCAAGGCCUACGAGGACGAAAAGACCGACAAGAAGAAGAAGGGACCCAAGAAGGGUAAAAAGCGGACGAGCGAUCUCAAGGAGGAUGCAUCUCAGAAGUCGAAACAGUCACCGCCCCCGCCUGCCGAGCCCAAGAAGGACGCGAAAAGCGCCGGCGUGAAGCGAAAGAAUGGCGAUGCUCCGCAGGAGAAGGAACCCAAGAAAAUGCGCAAGGCGAACGAUGCGCAACCCGUCCCCAUUCCCGGGUAUACGCCCCCAGGAGAUAUCCCUGCCAACAUUUCUGGACUGCCGGAUGCGCGCCAGGGACCAGCGAAAGCAUUGUCUAAAUCAUUAAUCGCCUCUAUUGGAGUGGCAGAGAAGAACGGCACUGUGCCAUCCGACGGGGUGUCCGCUGCUGACCGUGCUGAGCGGCUCGCGCUCCAGAUCGAGCGUGCUGUCAAUGACACCCACCCGACCAUGGGCUCGUAUGCCGGUCAGAUCCGGACCCUGGCCUUCAACUUGAAGAGCAAUCCUGAGCUCAUCAACCGGCUCGUCGGCCGAACUCUGACGCCCCCGAUGUUGGCGUCUAUGUCAACCGAGGAGCUAGCGUCCAAGGAGUUGCAGAAAGAAACAGCCGAGAUGAUUGCGAGGGCAGAGAAGCAGGCUAUUAAGAUCACCCAAGAUGUCCCUCGCGUCCGGAGAACUCAUAAGGGCGAUGAGAUAGUCGACGACGACCACUUCAUCGCCAGCGAAGAUGUCCCAUCUGCGCCGGUUCGCCGGCCCAGCGCGCCCAAACAAGAGCCCGAAGACGCAUCGGGACUCCCAACGCAUGCCAGACACCGGUCGACCAGCGGCCCGGCCGUCGAUACACAGCAUUCCCCUGCCAGAGCCGAUUUUGACCUGAACAAGGUCUUCUCGAGCGUCAAGUCGCCGACUCUUCCUCAGGGACAGCAGCGUGCAUCGUUUGCCGCGGCUCCAUCCAACGGGCCCGGUGAUGAUCCAGACGUUGAUCGGCUACUUGACGACGGGACUCAGUCCCCACCGUACUCACCCAAGGUGGAGAACGAUCCGGACGUGGUGUGGCGAGGGAGUGUUGUCAUGAACACCAUCGCCGAAGUCGACGUUACUGCGAAGCAUAUGGGCGGUGCCAAUCUCAGCGAGACCAUCGACCUUGCCUGGGAACAACUGCUCCCUCGGACCCUCACGGUGUGCGGGCGGAUAGACGAACAACAGGCCAUUGUGUAUCUCUGCGGCCUACGUUAUAGCGUCCCUACCGACGUUGUUGUGGUUAGCCUCGAGCCGACAACACCAGCAGCAAAAUCGGGCAUGCAGAAACUCAUCGACUAUUUCGUCUCGAAGAAAAGAUACGGAGUGGUGGGCGACAAGGGUGUUGCUAAUGUCCGCGACACGUACCUUGUCCCUGUGCCAGCCGGCACUGGCAACCAACCAGAAUUCAUGAUGAACUUGGCAGACAACUUCAUCCCCGACACAAGAACCGAGCCCAUGAUGCUCUGCGUCAUCGUCUACAGGAACGAUCCGGAGACGAUCCAACGCAUCCACGGCACAGCGGAUUCCAACCAUGCGUCCGUACCGCAAAAGGCCGUCCCCUAUCCUUCAGCGUCCGCGCAGUCUCCCGGAACUCCAACACCGAUCCAGGGAGGGUUCGCUCCGUCAGGACGGGCAUCGGUCUCCGCGCCGGCGUUCUCGCCAACUUCCCCCUCGGGCCCAUUCCCGCAGUAUCCCUCACCAAGAAUGCCCACGCCGGUCCAGCAGCAGCCCCCGGCCCAGGCGCGAGCUCCACAAGCGGGGAGGCAAACUUCAAACGUGGACGAGUUGCAGCGUCAAGGCGAGACCAUGGCCCGUGAGAUCCUUGGUCAUCUUAUCACCAGCCCGACAGUAGCAUUCCUUCUCCCGCAAGCGCACGUCAUGUCCCGCAAGGAGUGGGAGUUGAUCAAGCGCAUAUAUGAGAGGGAUCCUAGGACCCGCGAUGAUCUUCCCUAUCUUAGCACGAUACUAGAGAGAGAGGGCCAACAGCAACAGCAACAACGACAGCAACAGCUGCAACAACAGGCGUCGCAACAUCAUCCUCCGGCUCCUACUCAGGCGCCGCCUCCGCCGCAACCGCAUGCUCAACAAGUCCCCCGUCCUCAGCCGCAACAGCAGCAGCAGCCGGCUCCAUCGCAACCCCAGCAUCCACCUCAUGUUCAACAACCGCAACAGCCCCAGCAGCCCCAGCAGCACCCGCAUCCCGUUCGGACAACACCCAUCCCGCCGCCGCCGAUUCCUCCGGCCGCCACAGCGGGGCCACCGAAGCAAACCCCCAUUCCGCCGCCCCCAAUCCCGCCCCAAGCCACAGCGGGCUCCGGGGCCCCGCCGGCUUAG